AUGUCUUCAAGCCCAAGUAAAGUGAAGGCAGUCUUUUUCGAUUUCAUGGGCACUUGCCUUGACUGGCACAGUAGUGUCGUUAACGCAUUGCCUUCCACCAUUCCCAAGUCUGAAGCCUCGGAGCUCGCUCUUGAAUGGCGUAGAAGAUACUUCAUUGCCAAUAGCGAGCGCCUUGCUCAGCAACUCGAACCCGAGGAUAUUGACGACACCCUGAUCCGAGUCCUGGAGAAUGUCCUCGAUCAAAUGCCAGAACACAAACAGCAUUUCAACCCAGAAAUUAAGACACAGCUCAUCAAUGCCUGGCAUACUCAGCCAGCCUGGCCAGAAGUUAGACAAGCAAUCCAGUCCAUCCGUAAUGAGCUCGGCCUCGAGGUCUUUGUACACGCCAACGGCACUACACGCCUGCAGCUCGACCUCACUCGUUUUUCUGGGCUGAACUUCAACAUGCUCUUCUCAAGCCAGUUACUGGGCACGUACAAGCCGGACCCCGAGGCCUACAAGAAGGCUUUACGAUUCGUCAAGCUCCUGCCAGAAGAAGUCGUUCUGGUAGCAGCGCAUGCGUAUGACCUGAGAGGCGCGCAGGCUGUAGGUAUGAAGACAAUUUAUAUCCAUCGAUGGACGGAUGAUGUGGAUGAAGAUAUGGAAAAGGUCAAAGGCGAGUUUGGAGCUUUCUUAGAAGGAAUGGAGAAACUUCCUGCUACAAUCAGGAAAUUGCAAGGAUAA